AUGACAGCUAUCCGUCUUCUCUGUAUGUACUUUUCAGCCAAUCUCCUCCUGUCUAUCUUGCCAUCCCUUUCCCUCUGUCACUCUCUUGCUCUACCAGGCUAUCUUGCGGACGGAAAAUUAGGUAUCUGCUUCUGCUCCACUGCAAGCCAAGCAAAGCCCUUGGGUCUCGGCCUCUCUUCUCGUGAGAAGAAGAUCUCCGAGGAAGGAGAUGAGUGUCCUGAUGCCUCAGGCAAAUCCUCUAAAAGUUAUAGACUCUGGCGCGUGUGUAAAACGAUUUUUUCCACAAGGCUUAUGGUGGUGGCAUUUCAUCUCGUGAUUUAUUUCUUUUUGCUUACGAGUUUAGUCAGUCUGGCUGGCUUAAGUGGUAGACUUUUUCAUACAGCAUGUGAACAGACGCUGCAAUUCAAUUGCAUUCCAUUCAGAUUGAUCUCUCAUAUGCUAGUCUCACCCCGUCUGGACUGGACUUGA